AUGGCUACCAUCCACUAUGCAUGCAAUACGUCUACCUUAGUGUUGGUACAGAUAGUACAACGGCACGGGGACCGGACCCCUACCAGUUUCUAUCCAGGUGAUCCCUAUGCCAACGACUCGUGGCCGGACGGGUUGGGCGCACUCACACCCAAAGGCAAGCACCGUAUGUACGAAGCGGGACAACAGUUUAGGCAACGAUACGGCCAAUGGUUGGGAGUGACGCCCAAAACAAUAUACCAACGCUCAGCCGCCUAUGACCGGUGUUUGGAGAGCGCGUACGCCGUGUCCGCCGGUAUGUAUCGACCGGAGGGCCGGUGGGUAUGGGAUAAACAGCUAGAGUUGGCCCACUUGUGGCAACCGAUGGCCGUACAGACAGUGCCCUCCGCUAUAGACGCCCUGUUGGAGGUGUCGGCCACCUGUCCCACAGCUAACAACAUACAGGACCAAGAUUUAAACUCAGCCAACGCUACCGCCUAUAUAGCCCAGCAUCAAAAGUUUGUCAAUCAAAUUAACAAUUUAACCGGGAACAAUUUUACCACGGUCGAUCAAUUGGCCAGUUUAUACGACACGCUGUACUGCGAACUCAAUUACGAUCCGCCAAAAGCGCCGCCCGCGUGGCUCCGGGCGAUGGGCGUCAACCAGACUAUGGCACAGCUCCGGGCGUUUGAAUACGAAGAGUAUGAGUUGGAAACGGAUUCGGUGUUAGCCCAACGUCUACGUGCCGGCCCUCUCAUUGGUGUACUAAUUGCUAAUAUGCAAAAUGCUACCACUAUGUCGCCCGAUAAUACCAUGGUUAAAGUAUAUCAUUACUUGACCCACGAUAUAAACGUAGCGUUUGUUUAUCGCACAUUAAAUGAUCAAGUUGUUGUGCCCUCGUAUGGCUCAGCAUUGGUGUUUGAGCUGCACAACAUCGAUGGCAACUAUAUUGUCAAGGUGUUUUAUGCAAACAACACAAAUGGUGGUCAAUUUGAAUGGUUGAUAGUAGAAUUGCCCACUUGUCAGGUGUCCAAUGAAACAAUUGGUGAUUCCUAUGCCAACGACUCGUGGCCGGACGGGUUGGGCGCACUCACAACUAAAGGCAAGCACCGUAUGUACGAAACGGGCCGACAGUUGCGGCACCGAUACGGCCAAUGGCUGGGAGUGUCGCCCAAAACUAUAUACCAACGCUCGGCAGCGGACGACCGGUGUCUGGAGAGCGCGUACGCCGUGUCCGCCGGUAUGUAUCGACCGGAGGGUCGGUGGGUAUGGGACCAACCGGUAGGGUUAGCCCACUUGUGGCAACCGAUGGCCGUACAUACAGUGCCCACCGCUAUAGACGCUCUGUUAUCCUAUACGUCAACGUGUCCAGUGGCCGACCAAAUAGCCAAUGACCAAGUUACUUCAAAUGCUGCCGCAGCAUAUAUUAAUGGACACGGUGCGUUUAUAAACCAAUUCAACACACUGACAGGUGCCAAUUUUACCACCCUGUUUCAAUACCGAACGCUGUACUACACAAUAUACGAGGAGUUAAACUACCUGCCACCUAAACCGGCCCCACACUGGAUGCGAAUCAUGGGUGUUGAACGCACCAUAAAUCAGCUAGCGCAAUUUGCUGCAAAGUAUUCAUACCUAUGGUCUCAGCCGCCGAUUGUACAGAGACUGCGCGCGGGGCCACUCAUCGGUCAAAUUAUUGAACGCAUGCGCAACGUAUUGGUCAACGACAUACAUAAUGACAAUAUUAAAAACAUGCACUUUACGGACAGCACGGGUACGUACGACACGUCGACAUUAAUAUUAGUACAGAUAGUACAACGACACGGGGAUCGUACUCCGUUGCAAUUUUACCAUGGUGAUCCCUACGCCAACGACUCGUGGCCGGACGGGUUGGGCGAACUCACACCUCAAGGCAAACACCGUAUGUACGAAACGGGCCGACAGUUGCGGCACCGAUACGGCCAAUGGCUGGGAGUGUCGCCCAAAACCAUAUACCAGAGAAGCGCGGCUACCAAUCGGUGUCUGGAGAGCGCGUACGCCGUGUCCGCCGGUAUGUAUCGACCGGAGGGCCGGUGGGUAUGGGACCGACCGCUAGAGUUGGCCCACUUGUGGCAACCGAUGGCCGUACAGACAGUUCCCUCGGAUAUAGAUCCGCUGUUGGAAGUGCCCACCUGUCCGGCAGCCGAUAACAUAUAUAAUCAACAAGUAAACUCUCCGGCGGCCACUGGUUACGUGACAGAGCACCGGGUGUUUGUUAAUGAAAUUAACAAAUUAACAGGCGCCAAUUUUACUACGGUAGGCCAAUUGGCCGGUUUAUACGAUACACUAUACUGUGAGCUCAAUUACGAUCCUCCAAAACCGCCGCCCGCGUGGCUCCGGGCGAUGGGUGUCAACCAGACUAUGGCACAGCUCCGGGCGUUUCUCCAUGAAAACUUUUAUUUAUAUACUAAUACAGUGUUAGUACAACGCCUACGGGCCGGCCCUCUCAUUGGUGUAUUAAUAGACAACAUGCAAAAUGCUAUAGCUAUGGCGGCCAAUAGCACCAGGGUGAAAGUGUAUCACUAUUUGACCCAUGAUUUGAACAUAUCGUUUGUGUAUAGAAUAUUAAAUGGUGAUCCUUAUGCCAACGACUCGUGGCAGGACGGUUUGGGCGGUCUUACGCCUAAAGGUAAACACCGUAUGUACGAAGCGGGCCGACAGUUGCGGCACCGAUACGGCCAAUGGCUGGGAGUGUCGCCCAAAACAAUAUACCAGAGAAGCGCGGCUACCAAUCGGUGUCUGGAGAGCGCGUACGCCGUGUUCGCCGGUAUGUAUCGACCGGAGGGCCGGUGGGUAUGGGACCGACCGCUAAAGUUGGCCCACUUGUGGCAACCGAUGGCCGUACAGACAGUGCCCACCGCUAUAGACGCCCUGUUGGACGUGUCGGCCACCUGUCCCACUGCCAGCGCCAUAGAAACCCAAACAACAAGCUUACCGGCAGCCAACGCUUACUGA